AUGGCCAAGCAUCGAUGAAUGGAGAAUUUUUAUGAAGAGUUUGAUGAAGAUGAAAAAUAUGAUUUUGAACAAGACUACGAGGACUUCAGCAACCAAAUAGCGAUUAAUAUGAAAGAUAUCAGAAUGAAAUACCCUGCUGAAAGGUCCACGAAAUUGUACUCUAAUGGUAAAAAGAAGCUAGAUCCGGCUAUUUAUACAGGAACAGGCGGGAAUCUGGUUCUGUACUACAAACUUCUCCAGUAUGGAGAGUAUUCCACAAAAGAAAGAUUAGCUACUGACUUUUUAUCAGCACUCGAAAUCAACUGCAAAAUUAUCAAUAGUGCCUCAUUGAAAGGAAGAAAAUGAACAAGCCCUUCCUUCUUCCAAGGAUCUGCAGGGAUUUACACAAUGGCUUGUCUAUUUUAUCACAACUAUUCAGAAGAUGAAGAUGCAUCUGAAAAUUUUCAGAAAUAUUUUGACUUGCUCAUCCAGGCUAAGAAGCUGUGAUUUGGAUCUAAGGCUGAAGAUGAAAUUUUAUAUGGUAACGCAGGCUAUCUGUAUUGCCUUCUGACUUUAUACAAACUGGAUUUAACUAAACUUAUGAAAGAUACCUUGCUAAGCUCUAUUGAAGAAGUUGCUCUAGAGUUGUUUAAAAUUGGAUCUGAAAAGGGUGAAUCAGAGUCAGUUCUACUUUACAGCUUUCCUAGAGAAGAAGGUAAACCCUACCUUGGAGGAGCUCAUGGGCUGAUUGGUAUUCUGUACAUGCUCUUAGAAGCCUCUAAAGUUAGCUCAAAGCUUUCAGAUAGUGAAGAUUUCAUGGAAACUAUUCAAAGAAGUUGAAACUUUUUGGUUGAUAUUCAGUUGGAAUCUGGCAACUUUCCGAACAAAGUUGGAGAUACUAGCGGAAAACUAUUACAUUUCUGACAUGGAGCUCCAGGUGCUAUUCCACUUCUAAUUCUUGCUUCAGAGAUUUAUACUGAUGAGGGCUAUCUCAAAUCAGCAGAGAAAGCAGGUGAAAUAAUUUGGGAGAGAGGAUUACUCCUGAAAGGCUUUGGAGUGUGCCAUGGAAUCAGUGGCAAUGCAUAUGUCCUUCACUCUCUAUAUCGAGCAACAGGAGAUCUAAAAUGGAGAUACCGAGCUCAAAAAUUUGCCAAAUCCACUUGAGAUGAUGAUGUGAAAACUGUUGUUUACAAUUACGAAACCCCCUCAAGGCUGGAAGUUGGCCUUCCAGACUCACCAUACUCUCUUAUGGAGGGAAUUUCAGGAAAUACUGUCAUGCUCAUCGAUAUGGUUCAAGAAGAGGAAAGAGAUCCAAAAUUUCCAGGUUAUGAAAUCUAAUUAGAAAAAUA